AUGAGAGUGGAGACGACAGAAGGAGACGGCGGGACUGAGGGUGGAGGGGAUCAUAGUGAGGGCGGAAUUGGAAACACGAGAGAUAAAGAUGGCCUGUUGGGUGGAGGGUUCGUAUUUGGAAGGGUCGAGGAAACAAAUAGUAGGGAGCAAAUGGCGGGGCACCAAGAGGGCUUUGUUUCAAGACGACGGGAUACCACAACCUCGUAUAAGGACAAGCUCUUGUCACCAGGUGUCGCCGGCUAUCUGGUUCAGCACGAUGAAGAAGAGGAUAUAGUGAAUGGUUGGAAAGCGUACUUUAACCAACAAAACAGAACUGAACAAGCUCGAGGCGAAGAGGGAGGGUCUGAGGAGGAUGAGGUAUCGGACUGCUUGAAGGAAGGGCGCUCACCAAAAUUUGAGUUUUCUGCGGAGGAGUAUACGGCAUGGUGCAAACCUUGGAUGAACUCUUUGAUUGUAAAAGUUUUGGGUGCUGAGAUCCCUAACUAUAUUAUUAGGGACCGGGUCAAACGUAUGUGGCGAUCGAAAGGUCCUAUGAAGAUAAUUCCUCUCAGUAAUGGAUAUAACAUUGUCUCUUUUACUACACGAGAAGACGGGGACUAUGCUUAUCAAGAGGGCCCAUGGAUGAUUGAUGAUCACUACCUUGUUGUCCAGAGGUGGCGCCCAAACUUCAACCCUUGGAAAGCAGACGUGCAAAGGAAAAUAACUGCUUGGAUUAGGCUCCCUGAUUUACCGGUUGAAUUUUACAAUGUUGAAUCUCUCCGACGCAUUGGCAAUAUGGUUGGGAAAACGAUUAAAAUAGACCGCUCUACUUCCGUCUAUGAUAAGGGAGGGUUUGCAAGAAUUUGUGUUGAAAUUGACUUACAACAGCCAUUAUUACCGUUUUUUGAUGCAUUUGGAGAGGAUCGACCAAUUGUUUACGAGGGGCUCCAUAUGGUUUGUUUCCACUGUGGAAGAUAUGGUCAUCAGAAGGAUAAGUGUCCAGAAUUUUUUCAAGGGCACGAUAAAGGGCAGAACGAUAAGAACAAUAGAAGGCAGGCAGAGGAUGGUGAGGAUGGAAAGUGCCCGGAUCCUUCCAUGCUAAACCAGCAACUAUCGGAGACUGGUGUGUCCUCUACUGCCGGUAAGAGUUCAAUGUCGAAUAACGUGUUUGGAAAGUUGAGAAUUUUGAAGCGUGAUUUUCGGGGUAGGAUGUCGAUCUCGGAAAUAGUGGGAUUAGACCAGGAUAUUGCUAACGUCCCAAAAUCAGCGGCCAAACAGGAUCAUCGCGGGAUUGCCUCCAGGUCAACAGAUAACAAACAAGGUCUUAAUGACAGAAAUAAAAAGGGGAAUAAUGACAGGUUCCAGAAAGAUACGGAUAAAAAUAGAACAGGCCUUAAUCAGGAUUUAAAUCAUUUGGAAUGGAUUCUUGUGGGCACUAAGAGGAAGAACGUGGCAAAAGGGAGGCGACGUGGAAAGGAAAAUGUGGCCCCAACGCAUGUACUUCGGAAAGAAAAAGAAAAGGUGGGCCUUGGCGAUAAACCUGUCAGGUUUGACAAUCCUUUUAAGGCCUUGCAAGAGAACUCAUCUGAAAUUAAUCUGGGAACUACUACAGUUCUUGGGCCGAGCUUGAACUACAACGGAGGUACUCAGGAUGGUGUCAACACUGUAGAGCCUCAUACGUCGUCCUUGGGUGUUGAGGUUACGAUGGUCUCUAAUUCUUCAGGUCCAGUUGAAGGUUCCUUCUUGCCCUUGGUUAAUGCUAAGGAUGACUCUAUGGAGGCGGGUACAGGGGUAGCCUAG